AUGUCAACCGCAUUUGAUGAGAAUGACUAUUCUUUGUGUAAAAAUGCAAACUUUAAGCCAAUUCUUAAACGACAUCCGAAGAAAAACGCACUAAAGAGACACUUGGAACAAGAAAAGGUGGUAGUUAAGCCGACACAACCAAACACGAAAAAACUGAAAAGUGACUGGGAUCUUCUUUUCUACAAUCAUGAGAGCCAGACAUAUGAAAGUAGAAACAAUGCUACUGGGCAGAGUUCUUCAAAUGGAAGCAUUGACCCGUUGUUUGCUGCUAAUUCCAUCAAGAGCAAAAAGAGACAGAGUUUUUUAGUGAAAGGAAAAGAAAUGAAAAGCUUUUUUCACUUGCUUGAUGAUGAUAUCAUCCAAGACUUCAUGCACAGAGACAAAUGCAUGAGGAUAACAGAUAAGUAUCUCAUUGCCAUGGUGUUUGCCUACUUCAAAAGAGCAGGAUACAAAAUAAGAGAAUACACACGAAUGAACUUCUUUGUAGCAUUGUACCUUGCCAACGACAUGGAGGAGGAUGAGGAAGAGUUAAAGUAUGAGAUUUUCCCGUGGGCACUUGGUGACCGCUGGCGGGACAAGUUCUCCAGGUUCCUUCUCAAAAGAGACAAUCUCUGGGCAAGGAUUGACCACAGGGCAGUUGUCAGCCGGUGCUGCUGUGACCAGAUAAUGGCUAUAGAGCCGGAGCAUCCUGUAUGGACCAGGCUGCGACCAGACCACCAUGCUGGGGCCCAGCGAGGAUACCUGAAGGGUGACGACGAUGAUGGUUAUCCCCGGGGCCCAGGAGCAUCCCCAAGGGCGUGCCAAGACUGUGACACGGACAGUGUGUAUGACUCAGCCAGUCCUCUUAGUGUAUCCUGGUACAUCUCUUCUGGCCAGACAAGUCCAAACAAUGAAGACUUGGAAUUCUUUGAAAAGCUACCCAGCUCAACAUUUGAUAUGAUAGGUUUGAAGAAGACCCUGACAGAUAAUGAAUGGCCGGCACCUGAGGAGUAAGUGUUACCGGCUAGCAGACUGAAGGGCAUAUGGACAAGUAUACAAUGGCUGACAUGUCAUAGUGUAACAUCCU